UACACAAGACGUGGAGCGGGCGGGGCCCGUCCGAACUCGAAUUCUUCAGGUUGGGCUGACAGGCGGUUUGCUGGCUGAGAAUCCAUGUGGCGGGGGCUCUGGAGCCUGGUAGCCCGGGCGGCACGUGGGCCUUGCAGACCGUGCACACGUCAGGGCAGCGGUGCCCCGGCUCCCGGAUCCGGGGCCACCAUUUUUGCUCUGAGCUCUGGCCAAGGCCGCUGUGGCAUUGCUGUGAUCCGGACCAGUGGCCCCGCCAGCGGGCACGCCCUCCGGAGUUUAACAGCGCCCCGGGACUUACCUCCUGCGCGCAGGGCCUGCCUGCGCUUGCUCACCGACCCCCGCUCUGAGGAGCCCCUGGACCGCGCCUUAGUGCUCUGGUUUCCAGGACCCCAAAGUUUCACGGGUGAGGACUGUGCGGAGUUCCACGUGCAUGGAGGUCCAGCAGUGGUGAGUGGCGUCCUGCAGGCCCUGGGCAGGGUGCCAGGGCUGCGGCCUGCGGAGGCGGGUGAGUUCACCAGGCGGGCCUUUGCCCACGGGAAGCUGAGCCUGACUGAGGUGGAGGGGCUGGCAGAUCUGAUCCAUGCGGAAACCGAGGCACAGCGGAGGCAGGCCCUGCGGCAGCUGGAUGGAGAGCUAGGUCACCUCUGCCGUGGCUGGGCGGAGACCCUCACUAAGGCUCUGGCCCAUGUGGAGGCCUAUAUCGACUUCGGAGAGGAUGACAACCUGGAAGAGGGUGUCUUGGAGCGAGCUGACAGCCAAGUGCAGGAGCUGGAAGUGGCACUGAACGCACAUCUUCGAGAUGCCAGGCGAGGGCAGAGGCUCCGCUCAGGGGCUCAUGUGGUGGUCACAGGACCCCCCAACGCGGGCAAGAGCAGCUUAGUGAAUUUGCUCAGCCGGAAGCCUGUGUCCAUCGUGUCCCCAGAACCAGGGACCACCCGUGAUGUGCUAGAGACGCCCGUGGACCUGGCUGGGUUCCCAGUGCUCCUGAGCGACACGGCAGGAUUGCGGGAGGGCGAGGGGCCUGUGGAGCAGGAGGGUGUGCGGCGUGCCCGUGAGAGGCUGGAGCAGGCUGACCUCAUUUUGGCUGUGCUGGACGCCUCUGACCUGGCCUCUCCGUCUAGCUGCAACUUCCUGGACACGGUUGUCACCUCCGCGAUAGCUCAGAGCCAUAAUGGGAAUAGCCAGCGCCUCUUGCUGGUGCUGAAUAAGUCGGACCUGCUACUCGCUGGAGACCUAGACCUCAGUCCUGAACUGCCCCCCCACCUGCUGCUGUCCUGCCUGACUGGGGAGGGACUGGACGGCCUCCUGGAGGCACUGAGGAAAGAGCUGACUGCAGUGUGUGGGGACCCGUCUGCAGGUCCACCACUUCUGACAAGGGCAAGGCACCAGCAUCACCUCCAAGGCUGCCUGGAAGCCCUCGGCCACUAUAAGCAAGCUAAAGAUGUUGCCCUGGCGGCCGAGGCACUGCGGAUCGCCCGGGGGCACCUGGCCUGCCUCACCAGUGGAGGGGGCACUGAAGAGAUCCUAGACAUCAUCUUCCGGGACUUCUGCGUGGGCAAGUGAGGGGACCAGUCUGGAUGGAUGCCCAGAAGUCUUGAGACAUCUGGGAAUAGCUUAGGCUAAGUGAGAUUCUCAUUUCCUAGGGAAGAACUUGACUGUAAAAUAGUGAGUGAACUCCCCGUUGCUGGUGGUGACCAAGCUCUAGCUGGCCAUGUUCCCUCACAGGGACUUGCUGGGGGUUCAGGCCCUGGAGUGGGGCUGAACAAAGGUCUCUUUGGGCACCCGAUGCUGGAGGAGUAGCCAUGGAAGGUUGAGGGAGUGGGUAUCAGGGUCUCAGGGGUCUUUGUUUUAUAGUUUUUAAUUUAUUUUUUAAAUACAAAAGGAAAAAAUUUCAGGUGGUCCAGAAAUGUUUAAAUAUGGAAAUCCUCCUCCUCCUGCCCCUCACUGCCACUGGUGUCACAGCAUAACUUGUGUCCUUCUAGAACUUUCUCUGUUUGCACACUUGCGGAUGCACCUGUUUUGUCUUGUAUUUCUUACGUAUGUUGAGUUAUUUAUUGCUCUGCAGCUUGUCAUUCCUUUUGUAGUGUCGGCCUUGAAACUUUGUCUCUUGUAUCUUAAAAGUGACUGACAAAAUCCUGGGGGCCCUACUCCCUUUCCCAGCUGAGUCUUCACUGAUGCACUCAUUCAUUCGUUUACUAACUUAGUGCAUAUUUAUUGAGCACCUGCCACCGUCUAGAAUGGUACACACCAGUUCACUGGAUCUUCAUACCAGCGCAACGUGGCGGGCAGUUCUAAAGGUGAGGGAACACUCUCAGAGUAGUAGUAGCUGGUCGCCGGAGGUCCCCAGCUUUCAUCCUUGCACAUGGGUCUUUGACCUCUGACAUGAGUCUGCUGUGGGUCUUCUGUGCAGCGGGCUGAGUACAGGGUGCUGGGAACAUGGGCGGAAACAUGCAGGCAUCACCUCUCCCCUUGUUAGAGACGUAGCUCCUCCAGUGAGGUCUUAUGGCUGCUAUGUGAACUUACCAUGAGGGGACCUGACCUGGUUAGGGACAUGUGGACCAGGUGCCCUGCAGAGCAGAGGUGGCCUAGGCACAGACAUCUGAAUGGUGAAAAGUAAGCCAGAGGGAGGAAGCUUGUGAGAGUGUCCCAGGCAAAGGGCACAGCAUGUGCAAAGGUCCUGAGGUGGAACAUCACCAUGUGUUCAAGGAACAGUGAGGUGGCAGGUGUGGCUGGAGCAGAGUGAGUGAGAGGGGGAAGAGGGGAGAGGUGAUUCCAGUGAGGCCUUUGAUUCUGAGAUGGGGGACUGCUAUGGUGAUGACGAACCAGCAGAGGGCGCCUUGCUCUAACAAAGCAGGUGCAGAGCCGCAGCCCCUUAAGGUUGUAAGAAUGGGGGCUGCCAUACCCGCCUGAUGGCUUAAGAGUAGUCAGCUCCCCUUUCCAGAGGCGGAAACUGAGUCUCAAAUAGAGUCAGGAUCAGCCUCCAGUGGUUGAAGAUACAAGCUCUUAGAUUCCAGGGGACAUGUGAGCAGAGGCUGGGAGGUGUCCAGGGCCCACAAAGGGUAUAAGAGGGUCUUCAGGAGGCUCCCGCCAUCCAGCUAAAGGGGACACCCUGACCCCAUGUCUCCAUAGACUUCAUUGCAGUGUGUCACUAUCUGUUGAUUUCUUUGGUUAUUCAGCAGCUGGGAUUGCCCCCGAAAGGAGGGCUCCUGGACGGAAAGGGUUACUCAGGGAGCUGGUGAAUUCUGCAGAAGAGAAUUGAUGCCCAGAGGAGAAAAGCAAUAAUAGUGGGGGUGGGUGUCCGUGUGUCAUGGCAUGGGGCUUCUGGAGGGCUCCCGGGAAGGGUAAGCAGCGUCCAGGUGGGGAGGGAGAUGCUCGUGGGACAGGAUGCCGGGGGGCCCCCCGCCUGCCUUCCCCUAGGCACUGGCACAUAGCUGGACCGAGAUCCUUGGCUACAGUCCUUUUUUUCCAAGAAGGGUGAGGCGAUUUGUGGGAAGCAGCCAUGGGGGUUAUUUAUAGAGGUCACAGGAAAUCCCCAAAGAGUCAGAACGUCACCCGGCAGCUGGACCACAGGGUCACAGAGGGGAUCUGCCAAUUGCUCCUAACUGGUACUCAGUCCCUGCCUUCUCCCUGGAAAGCCACCAGGCCUGGGUGAACCAGAGCUAUAGGAUCAGGACCAGAAAGAGUGAGGGAUGGGGGGAUGGGAUUGGGGAGACCCCAAGACAGUCAGGGCUACACUUGGGGCAUCCAUGAGGGCUGCCUGAAGGUGGGAUCUCUGGGACUAGACCUUGGAGGAAAAAGAAUUUGUCAGGUAAGAAAAGGCAUUCUAGUCUGAGGGCACAGCACAAAUUACAGCUAAGAGUCUGUCUAGCCCUGGCUGGUGUGGCUCGGUGGAUUGAGUGCCAGCCUGCAAAC